CCCGUCUAAUUAUACAUGUGCAGCACACUCCCUACUGUUUACUCUAGUCCAGUAGUCCGUGAAAGAACGAAAGCCCAGCCAACCGACCCCCGGCGGAUUGCCGACUGGAUUCCUCUCGUCCCCCACCAAACCUCAGCAGCGGAGCGGCCGCCGCCGGCGAGACUGGGGGCAUGGCGACGGCCUCCUCCGCUGCUGUAUUCUUCAGCAGCGCCUUCGCCGCCUGCCUCGCUGAGCCAAAGUACGCCUUCAGCUGCAAAGGAAGACACCGUCACUGCCAGCGCCACUUGCGUCUGCAGCCAUAAGUGGAGGAAUGUUGGCCACAAUCUUGUGCAUCGCCAGGGAGGAAGGUGUGGCUGCGCUCUGGAAGGGCAUCAUCCCUGGCCUUCACCGUCAGUUCCUCUACGGCGGCCUCCGCAUCGGCUUGUGAAAGCUUUCUUUGUGGGGGGUACUGCUGUGACUGAUGUCAGUUUACUAAGCAAAAUUCUUGCUGCUCUUACCACUGGUGUCAUAGCAAUUGUUGUGGCAAAUCCAACUGAUCUUGUCAAAGUUAGAUUGCAAGCUGAUGGAAAGGCUAACACUGUCAAGAGAAACUAUUCUGGAGCCCUUAAUGCAUAUGCUACAAUAAUCAGACAGGAAGGCAUCGGAGCUUUGUGGACUGGCCUUGGUCCAAAUGUUGCACGCAAUGCCAUAAUUAAUGCUGCUGAGUUGGCCAGCUACGACCAAUUCAAGCAGAUGUUUCUAAAACUUCCUGGGUUUACUGAUAACGUUUUUACCCAUCUUUUAGCUGGACUUGGUGCUGGGUUUUUUGCUGUUUGCAUUGGCUCUCCAGUGGAUGUGGUGAAAUCAAGAAUGAUGGGUGAUUCAACGUACAGAAGUACACUUGAUUGUUUUGCCAAGACAUUAAAGAAUGAUGGACCUGGUGCUUUCUACAAGGGGUUCAUUGCAAACUUUUGUCGGAUUGGGUCAUGGAAUGUGAUAAUGUUCUUAACUCUAGAGCAGGUUAGAAGAUUGUUUCUGUAAGGUUGACGCCAGCACUGCGAGCAGGAGCUGCGCGGGACAAGCGGAUGGUGACAUGACAUAUAUGGUGGGCUUAUGUACAUGCAUGGUUGCACAUGAUGAUUAAGGGAAAAUCUACAGGUUCCCAUGUUGGCAACAUACAGAAAGCAGUCAUGCCAUACUGCCACAUCUUCCUAUCAUUUAGAUUGCAUAGGAAUACGCUCUCAUGUUUAUUUUGAUUACUACAAGUUGUAAUUUCCUAUCACAGAUCGAUCAUGGAACCGGUCAGUGUUGGUAUAUUGUGGAGAACAACAGAUCGACAAGUACUUCGUGUUGCGAAGUUUACAACCAUUCAGAUGUAUCCAAUACUGAUGCUGAUGCAAUAUCCAUAUAUACGUUCA